GAAGGUGCAUGUAGCGGCUUUGCUACCUUUUCAAACUGUUUAAAGUACAUUUGAAGCGGGUGCAGCUCCGCGACAAAUGAGAGUAAAUAUUCAGCUUUCGUCGAUCCUGCAGAUGUGAGUCUCAAAAUGCAGCUGUCCGCUCUACAGUGAAACCAGAGGGAUGCCUGCAGUACAGAGCAACCAUGCUCAGCGUGUCCUGUCCUCCCUGAACCAGCAGAGGGCAGUAGGGAGGUUUUGUGAUGCAACCCUGAAUGUGGGAGGUGGGGUGGUCUACCUGGUCCAUCGCAACAUCCUUGCCUGUUUCAGUGAACUGUUCCAACAGUCCAAUAUGACCUCUGCACCAUGCAGGGAAUUCUGCCUUCAGGAGUGCCCCAACGAUGGCCUGGAGCUGCUCCUGAACUUUGUCUACACUGGAGAGCUGAAGUUGGAUCAUGACAACCUGGACAAGGUGCAGCAUGCAGCAACCAGCCUGGGUGUAGCAGAGGCACUUACACUCUGUCAGCAAUUCAAGGACACCUCUGUGGAUCCUGUGCCUUUCAAGCGUAAAAGAGGUAGACCCAAAAAGUCUACAUCAGAUACAACUCCUCCUGGGUCGGUCAAAGAAGAGAACUUGCUUACGAUCACAAAAGAUGACUCCAGCUUUGAUAGCGCCCCAGCCAAUUUUAGCAUCGCCAGCACGACCACCACCCGCUCUGGUCGUGUAGUAAAGGGCCCCAGGCGACUGGUGACUGAUGAGAGCCCCCACACUGAUUUUACUGAAAAAGCCAGCAAGGGGGCUCUACUUAUUCACAUGGAGCGAGAAAGAAGUGAUAAUGUUGCGGAAAAGCAAAACCCAGAUCAGCCAACUGGUGAACCCGAGAUAACUGACCUCCAGGUGGACGUAAAUGACAAUGGUAUUAGCCGGGUAACUGAGGAAGUAGACGACGACGAUGAUGUGGGGGAUUUUGAGGGGAUAACUGAAGACACAGAUGAGGAGUACAUGCCCAUUGCAGAGCCCAGUUCCUUAGCCCCAUCGACGUCAACAGCACGAAGGCGCAAGGCCCAGAAUAAAACAGAUGAAAAUGAGAAUGGUGAGGCUGUGGAAGGAGACUCCAAGAAGGACUCUGUGCAGUGUCCCAUCUGUGACAAAUCCUUCAAGAGCAAAUACUACCUCAAAGUCCACAAUAGGCGGCAUACAGGGGAGAGGCCAUUUGGUUGCCUUAAAUGUGGAAAGAGGUACUUCAGGAAGGAGAAUCUUUUGAUACAUGAGAUCAGAGACUGUGCAAGACUACAGACAUACACCUGCCUGACAUGCUCCUCAACAUUCAAGGGAAAAGAAGAGCUACGUUUGCAUGUUAUCUCCCACACAGGAGAUAUGCCCCACAAGUGUUCAACAUGUCCGGAACAGUUUAUGUACAAGAAAAACUUGACAAUCCACAUGAUGAAGGUCCAUGGUUAUCCCAAACCACAUGCAUGUCCCCAGUGCCCCAAAACCUUCUUAACUCGGACAGAGCUGCGUGUACAUGAAGCAGCCAAACAUCGAGGCGAAAAGCCAUUUGUGUGUGAGGAGUGUGGCCAUCGAGCCUCUAGUCGAAAUGGCCUGCAGAUGCAUAUCAAAGCCAUUCACAGAAAUGAGCGCCCUUUUGUAUGUAACUUAUGUGGCCAUGCAUUCUCCCAGAAGAACAACCUAAACAUGCAUCUGCGUAUACACAGUGGUGAAAGGCCAUACCAGUGCCAUCUCUGUGGCAAAACCUUCAGGACACAAGCCAGUCUAGAUAAACACAACCGGACGCACACAGGUGAGCGUCCUUUCAGCUGUGAUGUUUGUGAGCAGCGCUUCACAGAGAAAGGCGCCCUCGUCCGCCACAAGGCCAGCAAGCAUGAGGAAGGCCGUCCUCACUGUUGUCAUAUAUGUGGCAAAACCUUCAAAGCGAGGGAGCAACUUCGUGUUCAUCUGCGUCGACAUAAGGGCAUGAGGAAGUUUGAGUGUAUAGACUGCGGCUACAAGUUCACUCGACAGGCACACUUGCGACGACACAUUCAAAUCCACAAGCGCACUGAGAACUACAACCCCCGGCAGAGAAAAUUGAGGAACGUGAUAGUGCAGGAUGUGGACAAAAGUCCUGGUGAAAACGAAGCAACUGAAGCCUCACUGAUCCCUGAGGAAACAGAUUACGCCCCAGAGACUGCUGACGUUGAAGCAUCCACAAACCCAGAGCCUGACUCCGCGAGAGGUCUCAGUUCCAGCUGCAUAGUGAGGGUGGUGAUCGAGUCGAGUGAUGCAGUGAUGGAGGAGGUUGUGUCCAACCAGAACCUGGGACACGCUGACGCCGCUGUGCCAGAAGGCUUGCAGCAAACUCAGCUGGUCACCGAGGCGUACGAGGAGUCCACAAUGGAUAUGGAGGGAAUCGUUGAGAAUAUAUCAGAGAGUAAGACAUGAUGACUGAAAGACCAGAGACUUUGUGCCACCCACUUAGAAUUAGGGUUACUGUGAAGACCUCUUCCUAAAUAAGAAGCAGAUAAAUGUGACCUAAGGGAUGAUAAGGCACAGCCUAAAACGUUUGGCCUGCCAAAUCCUAUGAUAAAAAAAAUGCAGCAAGGUCAGCCACUGUGAAGUUUCUGGACAUACAAAAGAUUCUCAUGCUUUUAGUAGUCAACUCAGUGAACUGCAUGCUUGUUAUGGCUGCUUGAAUGUGAAAUAUAUCUUUUUAGCUUGUUUUAUUAAGCCUCCUUUUAUCAGUGUGCCUACUGCACAAAUGUCUACAGCAAAAAUCAGUAAUACAUGAUUCUCAGUGGUGUUCAGUUUUGUCAUUGAAGGUAUUAAAGGAAUAGUUCAGCAUUUUGGGAAGUAGACGAGUUAGACAAGAAGAUCACUACCACUCUCAUAUCUGUCUGUUAAAAAUAAGGCUACAGCCAGAUGCCGCUUAGCUUAGCUUAGAACAGGAGGGGGCAGGGGGGCAAGGGUUACAAACAAAAAUCCACCUCCCAGUACUUCUAAAGAUCACAAAUGAACAUUUUACAUCUCAUUAAAUCCAUACAAAAACCGUAAAAAGUGUAAAGAAACACAACUGACAAUUUAAUGGACAUGCUGGACAAUUUCUUGACCAUGGUCAGUAACUUCCCAGAGUUUCCGCUGUUUGUUUUUGUUUAGAUUAAAUGGCUAAUUGGUGAGUUUUAGAGGUGCAGGUGGGCAGAUUUUGAUUUAGAUUUUUUGACAGAGCCGGGCCAGUUUUUGAGCUAAGCUAAGUUAACUGACUGCUGGUUGUAGACUUAUCUUUAACAAACAGAUGAAGGUCAGACAGUGAUAAUGGUCUCUUUCGACAAGAAAGCAAUUAAGAAUAUUUCCCAAAAUGUCAAACUUUUGCUUUGAAAUGGAUGUUCCCAAAUCUACAGAGAACUAAAGUAGGGACACUGAAUGAAUUUCACGCUAUUUGGUGGCGAUAAUGCGCAAAGAACUGCACCAGUGAUACCGCAAAGGCGGUGAAGAAAACUUCUAGUACACAAACAUGGAUGUAUGUGAAUGCAGGAAUAAAAAUAUGUUAAAAAAUUUGCUUUACAAAUAUUUAAUGCAGAGGGAAAUGCAAUCAACGUGUUUGUUAGACCUAAAGGAUGCACACAGUCAGAAUUAUGUAAAUGUAGGUUUUGUUUGUUGACAAGAAAAUUCCACAGGGCAGCUUUAAUGUUUGUUUACAGACAUCAGAACAUCCUUAUUUGGAAUUAGGACGCUACACAAGUGAAUGAUUUUAUGUUAAAAUAUACAGCUUUAUAUGUGACCGCAUUAGCUUUCUCUAUCCUUUUAUAAAAAACUUGAUGAAUUUGUUUUCUCACACUCAGUCGCAACUACUGUCUAUUGUUUAUAAGAAAUAUAUUAGCAACCUGCUAACAGCUCAUCAAAUGUGACUCAACAGAAUAAACUCUUAGACCUGC